GCCGGUGGCGGCCCCCGCGGCGGGGCCCGUGGUGGCGAAGCGGCCGUCCAAGGACCGCCACACCAAGGUGGACGGUCGGGGCCGGCGGAUUCGGAUGCCCGCGCUGUGCGCGGCGCGGGUGUUCCAGCUCACCCGCGAGCUCGGCCACAAGUCCGACGGCGAGACCAUCGAGUGGCUGCUUCAGCAGGCGGAGCCCGCCAUCCUCGCCGCCACCGGCACCGGCACCAUCCCGGCCAACUACUCCUCGCUCAACAUCUCCAUCCGCUCGGGAGCCGCCGCCGCCGCCAACCCCAGCCGCGCCGCGCCUUUCCCGGCGCUCGCGCUCCACCCGCACCACCACCAGGCGGCCGCCGCGCCGCACGACAUGUCCGCCAUGAUGGGCUACCACCACCACCUCCUCCCGCCGCAGCAGCAGGACCCCAGCGCCGGCGACGCCUACAUGCGGAAGCGCUACCGGGAGGACCUGUUCAAGGAGGACGACGACCGCCAAGAUCCGAGCGCGCCCAAGGCGCGCGAGCAGCAGGCUGCGGCGACGCCGCCGCCGCCGUCCGCCGCAAUGUGGGCCGUGGGGCCCAACGCCGCGGCGCCAUCCGGAGGGUUCUGGAUGCUGCCCGUGUCCGCGAGCUCGGCCGCCGCGGCGCGACCGACCGAGCAGCCCAUGUGGUCCUUCAGUGGCGGCGGCGGCGGGACCGGCACCGUGCAGGCGCCUCUGCAGUUCAUGUCGCGGGCCAGCUACCCCAGCACCGCUGCAGCCGGUGGAGGAGGCGGCGGCAUGGCCGACACCAACAUAGGCAUGCUCGCCGCGCUCAAUGCGUACAACCGCGGCGGAAGCGAGGAACAGCAGCAGCACCAGCAGCCUGAGGGGGAACAGCAGCACGGAGGCGACGGCGGCGGCAACGACGAGGAGGACGACGACGACAGCGGGGAGGAGAACCAUGGUAACAACAGCUCACAGUAAGCUCGCGCAACAACAUGAUGAUGAGCUCCGAAUCCGCCACCAUGACCGCAUCUUUCUGGUAGCAUCCGCAUCCAAUAGGUGUUAGAGCUUAGAAUUUUGCUGCCUUGCUCGCGCCCUGAGCUGUCACCGGAUCGGGGCUAGGAUGAUUGGCUGGAGGAAUCGGUGGCGUGGAUCAUGGAGAUGGAGCGCUGCGUUUGUGCAAGAAGCAAGUGAAGCCAAGCCAAGCGAAGGCAAUGCAAGAGCAAAACUUGUUGCUAGUUCCAUUAGUUUUUUUGGAAUCUGUUUCUGUUGAUUUUUUUGGAUUGUUCUAUGAAUGAUUGCGUUGUUGAGACGGGUGUGAUGAUGAUGAUUAGUGGGUCCGAAUUAGGAGGGCCGAGGACAGGAGUUUGAGUUUGAGAGGGAUCGAUCUGUAUAUACAGCUGAUCAUCUUGAUUUUUUCCCUUUUUUUUUUGCUGCGUUGUUAAUUCUAGUUCUUCGUCGUGAAUCGCAAGAAUGUUAAUUGUAGUCGUUGGUUUGUUCAUGCAUCGUCACCAUGAAUUGUGACUAGUUGAGUUGUUUUAUUAUCACGGUAGCUACUCUAGUAUUUUCUGUGCUCGUGUCUUGUGCUGUUCGAUUGCUGGGUUUGUAAUAGUAGUGAUGUUGCUGUGCUCGUA